UAUGCGCUGCGGCCCCGUCUGUGGUAGCUGCUGGAUGGCAGAGCAGCGUCGGUCUUGUACAUUACUCACCUGACUCCAUCAGAGUCCCUAAUUAAUUUAGAGACUUGGUGUUCUAACAGGACCUCUUGCUUAUAACUAGCUCAUACAAUUGUUUUUUGCUUGUAAAACUGAAGGAGUGGGAAAAAAAAAAAAAAAGAAGCCCUAAUAUAUGCAUUAGUCAGUGAAAGAUUAGGCUUAAGUAGUUGAACUACAAUUUUUGAAUCAGAAUCCAGGAGAAAUAAUCGGUUCGAUCAGUUCAACGAUUAGAUCUGUUAAAUUGUGAGAAUUAUUGCUUAGGGGAGACAAGUGUCGGAAACAUCACAAAACAAAAAAGAUGUUUGCAGCUUUAAAGUAUCACUCAACAGACUAUUUAUAUGAGAGCAUGGCAAGGCAAAAGUAUUCCAUCCACAGACUAUCACUUUGCUUUCCUCCCUGUUUACGACAACAUGAAAAGUAUCAUCUGACUGGACUUUUUGCUCAUGAUAAGUAUAGGAGGCCCUGGACAAAAAUUACUUCAACACAGGACAUGAUUGCUGUUUCAGUGUUAGAUCAAUGGAAGAAAAGUUUAUCUGUGGAGGAUUUCCUGGAAAAGAAACCUAUCAAUUCUGUAGGGUUCUAUGUCAAUAAUGAAGUAAUAGCAAGUUCAAAUCCCAUCUCUCAGAUUGACACAGAAACAUAUUAUUUACUUGAGAAAGUUGUUUGUGAGGAAGCAUCAACUCAAGAGAAAUAUUUGAAGAUCGACUGUGCUAUUGAGCUUAAGGAACAGUGGCAAGAUCUACACGUUGAAGAUGAAUUUGUUUUUGUUGAUAAUCUGAAAAACUAUCAUAAAAAACUUCCUAAUUUAUCUAUACUUCUGAGCAGACUUAAAUUUUUUUGUGUGAGAGAUCCUUUUUUAGUUUCUGAAGGAAAGAAUUUAACAGAAGAGAACAUUUUUAGGGAAUGUUUGACUUUCCGAAAUGAAAUAGAAAUGCAGGAGAGUAAAAAUGAAUUUCAAGGAAUUGAGGACUUCUGUAAAACAACAUUAGAAGAUAAAGAGUAUUUCAUGUUGCCUUUUGAGUUAGAAUUCUGCAAAAGCAGCAACAGCAAAUCAAAUUCCAGUAAGAUUCCAUCAUAUUUGGAAUUAAAGGAGUUAUUAAAUUUAGCUCUAGAAAAUAUGGCUUAUGAAAAUACGUGUGAAGAGGUAAUCAAAGAAGCUCUCAAAGAAAAACUUGCGAACAAAAUGGAAGUUGCCAAAUACUGUCCUACUUCAGUGGUUAGCUCCAGUAACAGCAUAAGUAUGUUGGGAAUCUCUGACUCAGCCCAUCACAUCUCAUAUCUGAAAGAUGAAAUGGAAGUACCUUUAACUCCUUCAUGCAAACAACAAAGAUCACAGGUGAAUUUUCUCUGCGUAGGACUUCAAGAAGAACUUAAUCCUCUUUUUGGUAACAGUAUUUUGAUUGCAGAGCCCUCUAGGGAAUACUUAGACUCUUUGGUAUGGCAUUCAGAGAAGUACUGGGAUAAUGUGAGCUCUCUUUUACUUGUCGAGUAUCAAAGUUUUAAACUUGAAUAUCGGCGCCAUUCUCUCACAGAACUAAAGAAAAUGCUCUCAGUUGAUGUAGAAACACCAGUGCUUAUUUCACUAGAGGAGGACUGGUGGCUUCAUGUGGGAUUAUAUCUGGUCUGUGUUGGUCCUUUGGAGCAGUUUAACAGGGAUUCCAGUAAUACAAACAGUUUGCUUUCUACAGAAGUAGAAACAUUCACACAAUUUUCUAUACAUCAAUUAGAAAGAUGGCCUGAAGAAAAGAAUUCCAUGACAGAUCAAGAAUUGCUUUCUAGUGAAAGACAUCAGACAGAUGAAGUAACUGAUCUUUGCAUGUCACCUCAGACCAAGAUGCAGCACUUUGGCCUACCUAUAAAUGCUGCAUCUUCUCUCAAAAUAGACAAAACAAAUAUAUCUCUGGAAAAUGUUACUGGAGGAAAUAUACAAAAGAGAAAGAUAGAAGAACCUGUUUAUUCCUUAAAUCGAGAAGAGAAGACAGACAUUUCACUUGUGUCUGUCAGUUGUAAAGAUAUGCCCUUUAAACAACACAACUCUUCUGAGGGUCAAAAGCUCACAUCGUUCACACUUGAUUCAAAAUGGGACAAUGAUGAUUCUGAUCUGAACAACUUUAUAAUGCUAAGAUGUAAACACACAAUCACUCAAAGACAGGAAAAAAAUGGUGUAGAUCAUCCUGGGAAAGUGCUACAGCCUGAAGAACUACAUUUACCUGAUCACAAAGAAGACAGUUCUGUUUGUGAGCCUGCAAGAACAGAGAAAAAAGAGCAAGAGAAUUACAGCAGUGUCAUAGUCAAAAUUCAAGCAUCAGAAAGCCAGUGCCAGUCAUACUGUCUGCUGAAGGGAGCAGCUACUUCUGUUUUAAAAGAUUUGACUCAUCUGGGUGUACUUGCUUCUGUAAGUUGGAGCUUUGACAGCAUUAAGUUUGAUCACACAAGAUUUUCCUAAAACAACAGAAGAAGGUGAUAUGUGAUCAUUUUAAAGAAGGUAAAUUAGAUGAGAAAGAGAUCAUGCUGUUCAGGCAUGCUGCUCUGGUGCAUCUACUGGUGACAUGUCGAGACCUUCUGUUAACA